AUGUUGGUUCCUCCUGCCAACUUUGGUGUCGUUGAGGAAGGCAUAUAUCGCUGUUCAAAGAUCGAGACACUGAACUUAUCUUUCAUUGAGACGCUAAAUCUACGAACUGUUAUUUUUGUUGGAGGCCAAGAGCCCUCAAAGUUUUUUAAGGAAUACUUUGAGAGAUGUUGCAUAUCUUGGUCUUUGAUAAAAGUUACUGACAUGUCGUCAGCGCUAGCACCUCCGCAUCGGGCGAAUGUCAAUCCUGCGGCAGAAAAAAUGAGUAAGUCUGCCGAGAGUGGCAAAUCAGAGAUGGAAAUCUAUGAGCUGACGGAUAACGAUGACCUGAUGCUAAUAAAAAGCUCCAGUCAAAACAAAAUUUUCGAGGUGCUAUUAGACAAACGAAAUUACAAUACGAUAGUGGUUGACAAGUCAUCAAUUGUCGUUGGAAUUUUAAGGAAAAUUCUUAAAUGGGAUAUUUCGUCUGUCGUUAAUGAAUAUCGCCUUUUUACUGGGAAGAACAGCAACUACAUGGCCGAAACCUUCCUAGAAUUGAUAAAUAUACGGUUGAUACAAGAUAUGGGCGACAUGUGGACCAAGAAACGAGACUCGUUAAAUGGCAAUUUUUUUGGCGGCACAAGUAACUCCGACAACAGUGCCUCCAGCUGGGAAAUUGUAAACGAAUCUGAUCUUUCGUCGUCCCCUAACCUCCCGUCACAUUUAUCGAAGAUACUACAGGAAGCGGAGGCCGAGUGUACAGCCAAGAACGGAGAAGCUUCCGUGUCUGUGUCUCCGAUGGCAAGAACGCACUCGGAUCUCGGUGUUUUUGCCAAUCAUUACAGAUUGGCGUUCAACAAAAGUGAGCGCGCGGAUUACGCAUUUUAUAAGGCCAACCGUCAUAACAUGGUCACGUUGUCGUUGCCGAAAGAAAGUCACUUACCGUCUUGGUUCACAUUUCAAAGAGACCUAUGGGAAAGUGAAAAUGCAGCUGAAGAGCACAGCUUUUACAAAGAGAGCAUAUUCCAAAUAUGA